ACUUUUUUACUUUAUCCCAAGUCCAACUCACUUAGCCGGCGUCAUUUUUUCCUUGCUCGGCUUACGCGAUGUUCACUUUGUCGCGCUCUUUCAUAAUCUCUACGUUCCUGGUGUCGUAAAUAGCCCCUGCCCGGGCGCCCUCAUGCUGAUCCUGAUCAUAACGUCAAUAAUCCUGGCCACACGUCAAAUCUUUCCGUCACUUGUUCUAGGCCUCGGCCUUGUUAACGGGUUGCCUGAUUGGCAUAAAUCUUUUUUCUGCCAUCAAAUUCCAUAAGUGCAGUGCUGGGUCACCCACUUAUAUACACCGUUCUCUGGUACCACCUAUUGUUCAGCAGCACAAUAUGGAUUAUGACCCGUAUGACGCUCUUCUUCACCAUGUCUACCAACAGACCCAAGGGGAGGCAUGGUUCCGACCCACAGAAGAGAAUAUCGCAACGGGCGUCUGUAUUCGGGUGGCCGCAGGAAAUUACCGCGUUUUUCCUUACAACCUGAUGGCACUGGCUCCCUUCGAGGCCGCCGUCAGACUGCUCAAUCCAGUCGUUGCUGUUAAAAUCCGCAGCGCCGCCGUACACGCCGCAUUCAGUACAAUAACUGAUGCAGAUGCUUCGAUCUAUAUUGAUUCUGACACCAAGAUACAGGUGUUUGAUUCCAUGCACUUGCUACCUCGUGCCGAGAAGGAGCAAUGUGCGGCUUUCAUUCGCGAUGAACGAGUCAUCGUUAUAUGGGCAGAUAAUUUUGACAGUAUCAUACCCUUGUGUCGUGAAAUAGAGGACAAACUCAUCAAGUUGGUCUGGCGCUUGCGUAAUGAGAUAUCGCAUGUGCCCAGCAUCGCGCCAUCUUCCAACGCUGUAUCAAUUGGCGCUUCUGACGCUAAUUUGGCAGAAAGAAAUACAGUCUUCACAGAGGCUAUUCCUGUCACGGACAAAGAGCGAAAUAACGUACAUUCGAAAUCACGAAGAAAGACAUCAAGGUGGGGCUGGAGUUGGCGAGUUUCACCGGAGAAGCGAGGCGCGCAUGCCGAGGAAUACGACCUGGAGAAAGAAUGUUCUUCUGGAAGUUCUCGGCCCAUUCGCCUCUAUGCCCCAUUUUACUGUGGCCUUGCGACGGCGCUGUCAAUAUUGGAGUUAGCAUCCUUGUGGCUGAAUGGCUUCUCGAUAACAAUUAUAAUCGUUUCAUCUUGCUCGUUACAUCACCCUUCCUCUUUUGCAUAUCACUGUUCUUCUGUUUGCAGCUUGUGGGCAACAUAUCCCUGGUGCUUGGUCCGGUUUCUCAGUACCAUGAGAAUUCAAAAUAUUACUCCGCAAUCUCCCCCCAAGCCGAACAAGGAAGUCGAUGCCGCCUUACCCCACAUUACCAUCGAACUUCCUGUAUUCAAAGAGAGUCUAGAACACACUAUUGCGCCCUCGGUCUUCUCCAUCAAGAAGGCGAUGCAGACAUACGCUAGGCAGGGUGGCACAUCUGCUAUUUUUGUGCAUGACGACGGUCUGCAGCUCAUUAGCCCCAAGGAGCGAGAAGAACGUAUAGCGUUCUAUUCCGACCACAACAUUGGGUGGGUCGCGCGUCCGAAGCAUGAUAACACACCAGGCGGCUUCAAGCGCGCUGGCAGGUUCAAAAAGGCGUCAAACAUGAACUACGGGCUCGCGCUAAGCUUGAAGCUUGAGAAGCAUUUGAAGGUGCUCGAAGACGCGGAGCAGAGGGGGGAGUUGGAUGUCAGCGCCGGAUACGAGUGUCUUGAAGACACGGCUUUGGCAUUGGCCAUAGAAGAAAUGUAUAAUGAAACUGGUGGGAAGUGGCAGCCCUGGGCAAGCAAUGGGAAGUCUUUACGCGUCGGGGAAAUUAUCUUGAUUGUUGAUGCAGACACGAUUGUGCCUGAGGAUUGUUUCCGCGAUGCCGCACGAGAACUUGCGGAAAGCCCCGACGUCGGUAUCAUCCAGCACGAAUCGGACGUAAUGCAAGUCGCGCACCACUACUUCGAGAACGGCAUUGCGCACUUUACGCGGCGGAUUAACAAGUGCAUCUCAAUCGGAUGCGCGAACGGGGAGAUGGCUCCAUUUGUGGGACACAACGCCUUCCUUCGGUGGUCAGCUCUCCAGGACGCGGCGUUCAUCGAUCCUGAAGAUGGGAAGAAGAAGAUAUGGUCUGAGUCGAAUGUGUCCGAGGACUUUGACAUGGCUUUGCGGUUGCAGCUGAAGCAUUACAGUAUCCGAUGGGCGUCGUACUCCAAUGGUGGAUUCAAGGAAGGCGUGUCCCUCACUGUCGAUGACGAGUUGAAUCGGUGGCAGAAGUACUCAUAUGGAUGCAAUGAGCUUAUAUUCAAUCCGCUCAUCCAUUGGUGGAAGAUGGGACCCAUUGCCAAGCAGCUCCGCAUCUUCGUGUGGUCUGGAGCCCCAGUGCACUAUAAGCUUAGUAUGAUGGCUUACAUGUUCUCGUACUAUGGCAUUGCAGCGGCUGCGGUCCUCUCUUUGGUCAACUACCUUUUGCUAGGCUUUCAGAUUGAAGUCGACGGAUUCUUCCUACACAGCUUCGAAGUCUGGCUAGCGUGUACUGUCGUCUUCCCUGGAGUUGGCAAUCUCGGAUUUACGCUUCUCGAGUACCGUCUUGGUCACCGCAACCUUCUAGCUUCGGCGAUCGAGAAUGUGACCUGGAUACCCUUCUUUUUCUUCUUCUUUGGGGGGCUAAGCAUUCACCUUUCUCAAGCAUUACUCUCCCAUUUAUUUUCAUACAACAUCACGUGGGGUGCUACGAAAAAGGAGGUCGAGCGAUCAAACUUCUUCAUUGAAGUUCCGAGGAUCAUAAAGCGCUUUCACGUUGCACUGAUACUAUGCAGCAUUACAGUGGUGGGGAUGAUUAUACUCGGUACGUCACUGGUGCCCGCUGGGUGGCAGGUGGACUCGACUGACUGGGCAGUUAUCCUGCCGCUUGCCAUCGUUGUUGGAAGCCAUAUCCUCUUCCCUAUUGUCCUCAACCCUUGGUUGAUGAUAUUCUCAUAUUAGAAUCUGGAACUGUCUUGCACGCGUUGAGAUAUUUUUGGGAUAUACACUCGUUGCCAUCUUUCUACACGGACUAACAGUCUACAUA